AUGGAGUUUGAUGAACAAGAAGAGCUUAACGGUGUCCGUUUCGCCUGGAAUACGUUUCCAUCCACAAAGGCUGAGCUGGCCAAGAUAGUGGUGCCAACGGGUGUCUUGUACACGCCUUUAAAAUAUAGAGAAGACAUGCCUGUGAUGCCUUACGAGCCAAUCUUCUGUCAUCUGUCGAGCUGUCGAGCAAUUUUGAACCCAUACUGUACCAUUGAUCCUUCCGGCUUCUGGAUUUGUCCGCUUUGUGGUACCCGUUCCCCAUUACCUCCACACUAUCAUGGCAUUACUCAGGAAAACUUGCCUACAGAGUUGCAAGGCACCUCCUCCACCAUGGAGUACAUUACAGCCAAGCCAGUGCAGCAUCCUCCAAUUUUCUUGUUUGUGGUAGACUUGUGCCAGGAUGAAGACAAUUUAAGGGCAUUGAAGGAAACGUUAGUGAUUUCACUUUCAUACCUUCCUCCAAAUGCUUUGGUGGGCUUGAUAACAUACGGCUCCAUUGUCCAGGUCUACGACUUGGGUGCAAGUACCGUCAACAAGUCUUACAUCUUCCGUGGAGACAAGGAUUACACAGAGAAGCAGGUUGCUGACAUGUUGAACAAGCCUGUAAUUGCUCAGCCAGGUCAGAUGAAUAUCCAAAGCUCCUUGCAAAGAUUCUUCUUACCAAUUGAGGAUAUUGAGCAUCAGUUGACUUCUCUUAUCGAGAACUUGACCCCAGACCCUUGGCCUGUUGCUCAUGGUGACAGAGCCAAUCGCGCUACCGGUUCUGCUAUCAACGUGGCUGCCAACUUGCUUGGUGGUACCUUCUCUGGUUUCGGCGCAAGAAUCUUCUUGUUUUCCGCUGGCUCAUGUACGCUCAACCCAGGUAUGAUUGUUGGUCCCAAAUUGAAAGAGGCCAUCAGAUCUCACUCUGAUAUCGACAAGGAGAACGCUAAGCAUUAUAAGAAGGCCGUGAAGUUCUACGAGAGUAUCGCCGCCAGAGCAGUGAAGCAUGGCCACACAAUUGAUUUGUUUGGUGGCUGCUUGGACCAGGUCGGUUUCUUGGAAAUGAAGUCCAUGUGCUCAAAGACUGGUGGUGUGUUGUUGUUGUCCGAUGCCUUCACAACCUCUAUUUUCAAACAAUCUUUCUUGAAACUUUUCAACAAGGAUCACGAGGACUAUUUGCUCAUGGCUUUCAAUGGCACCCUUGAUAUCAAGUGCUCUAGAGAGUUGAAGGUCAGUGGGUUGAUCGGCCAUGCAUCUUCAUCCAAGGUCAAGUCUCCAAAUGUUUCUGAAACCGAAGUGGGUAUUGGAGGCUCUUCAAAAUUCAAAAUGUGCUCACUUACUCCACAGAGCACGCAAGCCAUAUUUUUCGACGUUGUCAACAAUCUGCCAUUGCCACCCAACGCACAAUCAUACAUUCAAUUCAUCACGUACUAUCAGCAUGCCUCUGGCUACUACAGAAUCAGAGUCACAACUGUCUCUAAUAUUCUAACGGGCGAUGAGCAGACUUUGACGCAGUCCUUUGACCAAGAGGCGGCUGCGGUCUUAAUGGCAAGAAUCACCUUGUUCAAGUCAGAGCAAGAUGAUGGCGCAGAUGUCUUGAGAUGGAUCGACAGAAUGUUGAUCAAGUUGUGUCAAAAGUUCGCAGAUUACAGAAAAGAUGUUGAAGCCUCCUUCAGAUUGCAUCCACAAUUCAGUUUCUUCCCACAAUUCGUGUUUUACUUGAGACGUUCUCAGUUCUUGCAGGUCUUCAACAACUCGCCCGACGAGACUGCGUUCUAUAGACACGUUCUUUUGACGGAAGACUGCGCUAACUCCUUGCUUAUGAUUCAGCCAACCUUGACCGCAUUUGCGCUCGACUUAGAGGCCCCAGAGCCAGUCUUGUUGGACUCCGUUUCCAUCAAAGAUGACAGAAUCUUGCUCUUAGACACUUUUUUCCACAUCUUGAUAUUCCACGGCAAAACCAUUGCCAACUGGCGCAGGGCUGGUUACCAAGACCAGGAAGAAUACUCAGACUUCAAAGCCUUAUUGGAUGAGCCUAAGCUAGAAGCAGGUGAGUUGUUGGUUGACCGUUUCCCAUUGCCCAGAUUUAUUGAUACCGAGGAAGGUGGUUCGCAGGCUAGAUUCUUGUACUCCAAGUUGAACCCAAGUACUUCUUACAACUCUGAAGAAUUUGCGCCUGGUGCCGUUGUCUUGACUGAUGACGUUUCUUUACAGGUGUUUAUGUCGCACUUGCAGAAGUUGGUGAUUGCCCUUUAUGACAGACAAAUCCGUCUUUGGGGAACAGAUACACAACUUCGAUUGAGAUCUGCCAGAGUCUUGGUCGUGAACUUAGGUGGUAUCGGCUCCGAAACCGUGAAAAAUUUGGUUCUUGGUGGCCUCAAUACCAUAGAAAUACUUGAUGGCUCUGUUGUCAAAGAAGAAGACUUUGCGGCCCAGUUCUUCUUGCCUAACGACGAUAGCAUAGUUGGUCAACUAAAGCUUCCUUUGGUGUUGCCAAAGAUUCAGGAGCUUAAUCCUAGAGUCAAUCUACUGAUCAACACCACGAACCUCAAAGAUUUGACAAAGCCACAGUUGUUUGCCAUCAAUCAAAUCACUAGAGAGCACAGGAUCCCAUUAUACGUGGCUGGCGAACAUGGAAUGUUUGGCUACAUCUUUUCUGAUCUCAUUGAGCAUACUUCAACGAAAGAAAGCCCAAUUGGCAACCAAGCAAAAGUGGCUGGUACCAAGAUAAAUGGCGUCAAAGAAAUUGUCAAUGUCGAGUGGAAGAAUAACGACGAGACCGAAAUCGUCACUACUCGCGAUACAUUCUCGCCCUUGCAGCAAAUAUUUGAUUCCAAGAGACUCCCUCUUCAACUUAACAGGAGACAACUCAAAAGACUCUCAGGUGCAUUGCCUCUUGUUCUUUCACUUUUUGACAUAGAGCGUCCAUCCAAUGUUGAAGAUGAUAUCGACAGAAAGCUCUUACUAGAUCAGGGGAACAUCGUUUGCGAAAGUUUAGGUAUUUCUCAGGAAGUGCUCAGUGACGAGUACCUAGAUCUCUUCAGCAAACAAGCGUUCACUGAGUUCUCCCCUGUGGCGGCCAUAAUAGGAGGUUCUUUGGUAAGAAAGACAGUCCCAUUAAUAACUGUUUGA